AUGGUGCGAGGUGCAAGUUUGUGCAGUGAGAAGGAAGUGAAGAAAGGGCCAUGGAGUGAAGAAGAGGACCAUAAACUUAUCGAAUAUAUAAAUAAGCAUGGGCAUGGUAACUGGCACAAGCUGCCUCAUCUUGCAGGCCUUCUGAGAUGUGGGAAGAGUUGCAGGCUACGUUGGAUGAACUAUUUGCAACCAAAUAUAAAGCGGGGAAAGUUUUCCUCUUCUGAAGAAGAAAUAAUAUUAUUCUACCAUGAUAAGCUUGGGAACAAGUGGUCUGAAAUAGCGAAGCAUCUGCCAGGACGAACAGACAAUGACAUAAAAAACUACUGGAAUAGUCGUAUGAAGAGAAGAUCAAAAGAAACCAUGAUACAAAAUCCUUCUACUCAUGCAUUAUCUUUAUUCUGUUCCUUUCUCGAGAUCGAAGAGAGAAUAGGAAGUCUUUUGAUGAACCUUCCUACCAGUGGCAAUACUAACCCAGGCAUUAAUUUUUUAAGGUCUGCAUUCCAAAGCACUGACAUGGUAUCAAGGCCAGUAUCACCAAAUUUUGUGGGUAAAAACCAGGAGGAACAACUACCACAAGAUAAUGCUCAAAGUUUCUUUGAAGGUUUUAUCCAAGACAAUGAUCUGACAUCAUUUUCAACAGGCUUUAAUGCUGAAAUUCUUAAUCAAAUUGAUAAUAAUAACUUUCUACCAACAGAAUAUGAAUCUGAUUCUCUUCCUUCUUUGGUAUCAAGUUCAUCCAAUGUCUAUCGUGAAGCAGCCUCAGACAUUUCAUCUAUUCCUAUGGUAAAUACCAACGUCUAUGCAAGAUCAAUUUCACAAGAGAAAUGGCUUGAUUUUACGGAAUUUUCUAGUAACUCCAAGAAAACAAUAGAAACUCCAGCAUUCAUGGAUUUGAAGAAUACAGAUGAUGACAAAGAUUAUUGGAGACAUAUUCUAAACCUAGCCAAUAAUAGAUGUACAGAAAUUGAGUAUACUACCACACACCACUGA